CGUGUGACAACAAGAUGGCGGCGCCGUGGGACGGCUCUGUGGCCCUAUGCUGGAGUUCCUGACAGCUAGCGUCUCGAAGUAGAACUAUGGGCUCACCUUUGGCCUCCCUUGGCAAGACCCGAAGAGUGCCCCUGCAGUCAGAGCCUGUGAAUCCAGCCAGGCGAGGGAUAAAAAUCUAUGGAGAUGAGUACAGGCUGCUUCAUCUGGGCCAGAGCCCGGGGCCCCAGUGUUCUCUGGGCCUCAGCCCCAGAGCAGUGACCUGGGCAUCCCUGUCUGCAGAAGACGAGGCAGACGUGCUGAAUAAUGGACUUGGCCCAGAAGAAAAGAUCGCUGUCCCUUCCUGCUAUGGCGGCAUUGGUGCACCUGUGAACAGACAAGUCCCCGUGUUCCGUGACUCGGAGCUGGUGGCCACCCUGACCAGGAAGAUGCGGGAUCUGGAGCGGCAAGUGAGGUCUCAGACUGAUGAGUUGCUGUCUAAGGAUCGGAAGAUACGAGCCCUGGAGGAAAUGGUGCAGAACCUCCAGGAGCACCAGGGCCAGGUCAGGACGCAGCAGCAGCAGGACCUGGAGACCACAAUCCUGCGGCUCCAGCGCCAGGUUGAGGAGAUGGAGCGGUUCCUCGGUGACUACGGGCUGCAGUGGGUGGGCGAGUCUGCGGACCAGGAGGGCUCAGACAACCAGGCAGACUCAGAGGAUGGCAAGAGGGACUGGAUGACAGCCAAGAAGUUCUGGAAACCAGGGGACUCACUGGCGCCCCCCGAGGUGGACUUUGACAGGCUGCUGGCCAGCUUGAAGGAUCUCAGUGAGCUGGUGGUAGACGGUGACACCCAGGUGACACCAAUGCCUGGUGGAGCACGGCUCCAUGUCCUUGAGCCCAUCCCACUGAAGCUCUAUCGGAAUGGCCUCAUGAUGUUCGAUGGGCCCUUCCGGCCCUUCCGUGACCCCUCCACACAGCGCUGCCUCAGAGACCUCCUGGAUGGCUUCUUCCCCUCAGAGCUCCAGCGGCUGUACCCCAAUGGGGUUCCCUUUAAGGUGAGUGAUCUGCGCAAUCAGGUCUACCCAGAGAAUGGGCUGGACCCAUUCCCAGGUGAGGGCCGCGUGGUGGGCCAUCAGAGGAUUCACAAGCUGCCGGACAGGAUGGAGCACCCAGGGUCCAAGAUGACUCCUGAGAAGUUUCUGAACAGGCUCCCCAAGUUUGUGAUCCGGCAAGGCGAAGUGGUUGACAUCCGGGGACCCAUCCGAGACACCCUGCAGAACUGCUGCCCAUGGCCGGCCCAGGUCCAGGAGAUCGUGGUGGAGACACCAGCCUUGGCUGCUGAGCGUGAGAGGAGCCAGGAGUCACCCGAGUCACCAGCGCCUCUGCUCUCCAUGCUGCGCAUCAAGUCUGAGAACGGUGAGAAGGCCUUCCUGCUGAUGAUGCGGCCCGAGGACACUGUUGGUGAUGUGCGCACCCUGCUUGCAAAGGCCAGGGCUGUGGACACCACCAGCUUCGAGAUCAUCAGUACCUUCCCACCCACGGUCUACAGCGACAACACAGUCACACUGCAGGCCGCGGGCCUGGUGCCCAACGCAGCGCUGCUGCUUCGCACAAGCCGGGCCCCGCUGCCUGCUCCAGGCCCCAGCUCCAAAUAAAGAGC